GGGUGUCAAACAGAACCUAACACGGCAGCUCUACUGACUCUAGUCGCUCCCGUGCUCCCAGCCCUCCUGGCGGACGAAGCCGAGCACAGGGCCAUCCCGGAGGAGCGGAGGUCAUGGCUUUCAGUUUCACAAGUCCACAGUUCCAGCAGAAGAAAUGAUUGUCCAGGGGUCCAACUCCAGGUUAAUUACAGAAACUGACGCUUCGUAGUCUAAACCCCUUUGUGAGUUUACUGAAUACAAGAAGUAAUUUUGUUUUGGAGGGCUUUAAAUUUGGAGUAGGGAAAAUAAAAAUGACGACUUCAUCUAUCAGACGACAGAUGAAGAACAUUGUGAACAAUUAUUCAGAAGCUGAAAUAAAAGUCCGGGAAGCCACCUCCAACGACCCCUGGGGCCCAUCCAGUUCCCUGAUGACAGAGAUUGCAGACCUCACUUACAAUGUCGUGGCCUUCUCAGAGAUCAUGAGCAUGGUGUGGAAGCGGCUCAAUGACCAUGGCAAGAACUGGCGACAUGUGUAUAAAGCACUCACACUGUUGGACUACCUAAUCAAGACAGGCUCUGAGCGGGUGGCACAGCAGUGCCGUGAGAAUAUCUUUGCGAUCCAGACCCUGAAGGACUUCCAGUACAUUGACAGGGAUGGCAAGGACCAGGGCAUCAAUGUGCGUGAGAAGUCUAAGCAGCUGGUGGCUCUCCUCAAGGAUGAGGAAAGACUGAAGGCUGAGAGGGCCCAGGCUCUCAAAACCAAAGAGCGCAUGGCCCAGGUUGCCACAGGCGCUGGCAGCAAUCAGAUUACGUUUGGUCGUGGCUCCAGCCAGCCCAACCUCUCUACCAGCUACUCGGAACAGGAGUAUGGCAAAGCUGGGGGCUCUCCGGCUUCUUACCAUGGCUCCACUUCCCCACGGGUGACUUCUGAGUUGGAGCAAGCUCGGCCCCAGACCAGCGGAGAAGAGGAGUUACAGUUGCAGCUGGCACUGGCCAUGAGCAGAGAAGUGGCUGAGCAGGAAGAACGCCUCAGACGGGGGGAUGACCUCAGAUUACAGAUGGCACUCGAAGAAAGUCGAAGAGACACAGUUAAAGGUCCAAAAAAUAAAGAGAAGUACAGUUCCCACCCACAGCAGACUACUCUGUUGGAGUUAAUGGAUGCUCUCCCCAAUUCGGUCCCUAUGAGCCAGAAAGCAGAGGCUUGGGGCUUGGUACCCACAGCUAGCCAGACCAACCCUUGGGGUGGGCCAGCGAUCUCAGCAAGCACCUCGGACCCCUGGCCAUCAUUCGGUGCCAAGCCAGGGGCAUCUGUCUAUCCAUGGGGACUGCCCACGGAAGCCAGCACACAUCCAGUCUCCAAGGACUCAGACCCGUGGGUGGUUCCACAGCAGCCAGCCCUGAGUUCCAGGACAAGAACCUCUGACACCUGGGAUACAUCUUCAGCUGCCAAGCAAAUGUCUGCCUCUGGGUUCUUUGAUCUCUUCAGUAAUCUGAAUGGUACAAAUAAAGAUGACUUCUCUGAAUUUGACAACCUCCGAACUUCAAAAAAAACAGCUGAGUCCGCGGCUUCUCUACCAUCCCUAAACAACAGAACCAUCAGCCCCGACCCUUUCGACUCUCAGUCCCUGACCAUUGCCUCCAGCAAGCCCAGCAGUGCCCAGAAAACUCCUGAGUCCUUCCUGGGCCCCAAUGCGGCCCUGGUGAACUUAGAUUCACUGGUGACCAAGCCCACCCUACCAGCCCAGUCCCUCAACCCUUUCCUGGCACCAGGUCUAGCAGCAGCCUCAGCUCCCAUCAACCCUUUCCAGGUGAACCAACCCCAGCCACUGACAUUGAAUCAGCUUCGAGGAAGUCCUGUCCCAGCGCCCAGUACAUCUUUUGGGCCCAGCCCAGCUGUGGAUCCCCUGGCAAAUACCACGGUCCCUGCAGCUCCACCCUCAACUCUGAGCAGCAGUGGUUCCUCAUUGACCCCACUGGGCUCUGUAGCAAUGAAUGUGGUGGGCAACGCCAGCAUCUCCCCAUCCGCUGCAGCCCCAGCUUCUGGUACAACCAACCCUUUCCUCCUCUAGUGCACAGAUGUAGGACUGCCUGGAGUGGUGCUUGAAACUUCUGUGCCCAAAGGUGUGGAUGAGGACCGUGUGCUCCAUGGACUGUCUAUGAGCUCUGAAAGAUAAGGACAUCCCGCUCCAGAUGCCAGAGAACUGCCCUUGCAAUCCAGCUCUCUCAAGUUUCAGUCAUUGGAGCUUCACACAACCCAUGGGGCCUCAGUGCUCCUGUAGGCUGCAGUCUGCUCAGUCAGGGGAGGACCAGCUUGAUUCAGCUAUGGCUGCCUUCUCCCAAGCACCUACCCUGAUACCACUAGGGAUGUAUCUGCUGGACUCCUUGAGGCCCUCUGAGGAGGAAUAAAGUUGUCAGUGUUACUGAGCAACUCUUGGACCUUGGCAGCCACAGGCCACAGGCUGUGGCCUCAUCUCUGCCCAGGCAGGCUGGGCAUAGGUUGGAGGGAGCCUCUUGCCUGUCUGCAGACAAGGUGUCUUAGGAGUGGUUGUGCAUAUUUUACUUUAUUUGACUCACUUGUGAGUUCAAAUUAAGCACAAUCACUGUGGGGCAACUCUUUAAUUAAAUCCACUACAGCAAGUUUUAAAACUAACCUGAGUAUAACCCUGCUCUUUGGCUAUAUGCUUGUAUACAUUUGCACAUAUUUUGUUUAGUACAGUUUCAUAUUUGAGUUUGCAGAAUUAUCUAAUAAUCCUUUUUUGGCUAAUAUUUUUAUAGUGUGGUUCUUAUUUAAUUGUCUAGUUUUGAUAUAAUUGAUCAGGUCUGGCUGAAUUAAGAUAUUGGGCACGUUGUCAUUUUAAUAAUUGAAAUCCUCUUAUUUAUGGUUUUAACUCUAAGAAAAUUGUAAAAGGAGACAUUUGGGGUUGGGGAAUGCCUUACAGAAAAACUAGAGAAAUUUUUUCUGACUUUAUAAGGGAAAAAAUGAAUUUGAUUACAUACAAAAGAUUAUGUUUAUUUGAAAAAACCAAACCACAGCAACAAAAAAAGCUGGCUUCCAGUUGCCUUUUCUUUCAUUCUUUUUUGGUGAAUUCCCAAAUAGAUAAACUUUUAGCCUUUUUGGCUAGGUCCUGACAGAGAGGCUACUUUUCUUACUGACAUGCCAAUAUCUGAAAGAGAAAAACAAAUCUAAUAUAUGAAUGUGAUUUACCAGUUUUUAAUCAACUUUUUUUUUAAUUAAAGGCAUGCACAGAUUAACGAGGACUUUUGUUUACCAUGGAAUCUGAAAUUGCAACCUCUUUAACCCAAUGUGUUGGUUGAUGCUCGGGUUAAACACUCUCCCCCAGGCUGGGACAGGUUUGAAGGACCAGGCAGGCCCUGAUCCUCCCAUUUGCCCAUUCCUAAUACAUGUUGUUGACUUAAAAAUAAUGUUAUCUCUUACUUUGGAGAGGAAGGAAAAUGGAUUCCCAAACUGGGUAGAUGUUUAAAUAAGCAUCAUCAUCUCCGUCUUACAGCUUCUUGCCUUCCUCAUCCAUGCCCCUACCCACAUUCCCCAGUCAACAUAAAGACAUUAUUCAGUCACAUAUUAAGAUAACAGGAGGCCUGCUUCUCCCCACUUUAGCCCCUCCCCCUUGAGGAAGAGGCAGAGCUCUCCUUACCUUCUGAGGUAGUCUGACCCUCAGCAUGGGUCACAGGUGAGCUUCAAAAUGGUCUCUGGGCCUUGAUUCAGAGUUGCUUUAUCAAGCAAACCACCCUCUUAAAGCAUGCAUUAUGUUAGUUCUCUUGAAGUUCUUUCCACCCAUCACAAGCUGACCAGAGCCACUCUAAACUCUACCAGGUCACAUUGCCUAGAGUUCCUAACCAAACCAUCCCCUACCAAUCCAGGGCUGGACUAAGGUGGCAGGGCUCCUGGCAUUCUUCCUAUCUGGUUUUGUUCAAGAAUAGAGCAUCUGGUCUCCUGCCUGGAAAGAUGGGGGCACAGUAGGGUAUGGGGUAGAUUCCCUGAGAAGGUAUCUUUACCCAAGUGGUAUGGGACUUAGGCUGGCCUUAUAGACUGGCAAGCCUAACUUGACUACUUGGGUUAACAAUUCCAUGGUAACAAGAAUCUGACAGGGCUCAGAGGCCCCAACAUCUUAUUUAUCAUCUAUUACUACUAUUACCCUUCACCUGUCUUCUGUACCAGGUCCAGAAGCACACUGUCUCUAUCCUUACUACACCGAUCAUGAGUGUACAUAGCUGCUGAUGUCCCCGAUGAGCGUAGUGGGAGGAUCCCCAUGGGCCCCUCUGUACUAGGAUCAGUAGCUGGCUUUGAGCUUGUGUUGACUUGAUACUUUAUAAAGAACCCACAGCCUAC